AUUUGAAACUUAUCAAUCUCAUCUUUUGCUGCUUAAACUUAGAAUUAAACCAGAAAAAUAGGAAAUAUCCGACUGAAAAGAGUGCAAUCCACGAGAUCUGAGGAUGAACUACAACGCAAACGCGAACGCUCGGCAGCCCGGCCCACGCAAAGUAAAGAGAGUUAGUGACAUAAAUGCCAUGGGAGCUCCUGCUCAACCGGCAUUCAAUCAAAAUCCAUAUGGGGCACCGCAAGCAGGUUUUAAUGUUCCGCCGCAACAACCACAAGGCGUUUAUGGAGCAGCUCCUGGAUACGGAUUUUCGGAAAUUCCACAAAUGCCGCCACAACAACCUCAAGCGAACCAAUUUCCCGGUCAAUUUCCACAAAAUACGCCUUACGGAAUGCCUCCUCCGCAACAGCAGCAGCAACAAAUGCAGCAACCUGGAGGCAUGCCCGGCGCCGGUUUUGGAAUGUUCAAUCAACCGAUCGUGCAGGACAUGGCAUUCCAGUACGGACAAAAACUCGCGGAUCAAGGCAAGGAGCUCGUGAACAAGGAAUUCGAGAAAUAUAUUCCGGUGUCAAAGUUAAAGUACUACUUUGCGGUCGACAACAAAUACGUCGUGAACAAAAUAAAAUUAAUUUUCUUCCCGUUCCUGCACACCGAUUGGUCGCUCAAGUACGAUCAGGAGAAUCCGGUGCAGCCACGCUUCGAUAUCAAUGCUCUCGAUUUGUAUAUUCCGAUGAUGGCUUACAUCACGUACGUCGUGCUAGCGGGUCUCGUUUUGGGCAUGCAAGAUCGUUUCUCGCCCGAACAAUUGGGCAUUCAGGCAUCAAGUGCCCUCGCCUACACGAUUGUCGAACUGAUCAUUUACUCCGUUACGUUAUAUGUCACAAAUAUUCCCACGACACUGAGAACUUUGGACUUACUGGCGUUGUCGGGCUACAAAUACACGAUUAUUGUUGCAAUUUUACUUUGGAGCAUCCUGCUACAAAAAAUGGGCUAUUGGCUGACAUUAAUUUACUCGGGAUUCUCUCUCGGAUUUUUCUUGCUCCGUACUUUGAAAGCGAAAGUGUUGGCAGAUCCAACUCCAACGGCCGGUGCUUAUGAGUCAUAUGGCCAGCAAAAUGCCGAAUUCAGCCAUAAUGUUGCCAGAAAACGAAAAUUGUACUUUUUGUUCCUUGUUGCGGGACUCCAACCGGUGCUCUCGUUUUGGCUAACGAUGCAUUUGAUUCCCGCAUCCAAAGUGGCGCUCGAUAAAGGACUCUAAAUGAAUUUGUUAUGAUGAUGAGGAAAAUGUAAAAAAAAAAUAAAUAUUUUUGAGGAAUAAAAUCAAAUUAUUUCAUUUAAGAAAAUUAUCUAAUA